UUUCACGCGUCUUCCUAAUCUGCAUUACACGUGAGAGAAAGUGUUGAAGUACGCCAAGUUAGGGUUUAUAUACUCUUUAUAUAUAUAUCAUUCGCGCGUCAAGUAAGAGGCAGGCGAUUACUUUCUUAAAUUGUUCACGUUUUGGUCAAUCUUUAUACACCAUUUUGAUUGACGACGUGGUCGAAUCCUUAUGAAGAUUACUGGCGUAUAUAUGCACCAUUAACAUAAAGUUCUCAGCAAUUUCUUUCAAAUUCAUUCAAAUUCGCAGGUUCUUUGCUUUUCUUUCUACCUCAUAGAUCGCAUACAUCAGAUUUCCUAAGUCCGCCAGCAUCGGUUUCGCUUUUGUCAUGUUAUGGUCCAUAGUGUACACCUAAAUGAAGGUCAAGGCCCACCAUCGACUGCUUUUGGUUUGUCCCUAUAUGUUUUUGAAUUUUGAUAAGCUUGGAUAAAUUGCCUUUAAAACUUUAAGGUGUAAUCUAUAUUAAAUAAAGCUCACAUGCAAAUGAUGAUGGAUAUAAAUUAUUAAACCAAAUCGGUAUUCGUUGAAUUUUAUUUGUAAUCUUAUUAAAUUGUCGAUCAUGAUUGAGAUGAGGUGGAUCGACCGACGCAACGUGCACAGAUUGGAUUUAGCCAAUUAAUUAUUAAACUUUUUUAGACUUUCCCCAGUAAAUUAACGCGCCGAUGCCAUACGCAAGAAAGAAAUCUCCUAUAAGCGAGAACGAGUUGAAGUACAGACCCAGUAAACCCUCCCGAUCCGGGUCCCGAAACCAUGGCGAAACUGCAGGUAAAGGCGGCGGUGAUCGGAGCCGGCAUGUCGGGUCUCGUUGCAGCCAGGGAGCUCCGCCGCGAGGGGCACCAAGUGGUGGUGUUCGAGAGCAGCAGUGAUGUUGGCGGCACGUGGCUGUACGACCCUCGGGUCGAAUUCGACCCACUGGGAUUGGAUCCGGGCCGUGAUGUUGUCCAUGCCAGCAUGUACCGGUCGCUCCGGGCGAACCUGCCGAGGCAACUCAUGGGUUUCUCGGACUACCCAUUUCUCAAGCAGGGAAGCGGGGACCCGAGGAACUUCCCAGGUCACGAGGAGGUGCUCCGGUUCUUGCGCAGCUUCGCAGAGGAUUCUGAGCUGAUCGAGUUGAUCCGGUUCGGGCACGAGGUGGUUCGGGUCGAGCAAGCCGUCGAGGGGAGGCGGGACCACUGGGCCGUGGAGUGGCAGACCCGUGGUGGGGAGGAGGCGGUGGGCGUGGAUUUUUUCGAGGCUGUGGUGGUUUGUAACGGCAAGUACAGCCAACCAAAGAUUGCUGAAUUUCCAGGGAGAUCAACAUGGCCAGGAGAACAGCUGCACAGUCAUAAUUAUCGAGUUCCUGAGCCAUAUAAAGAUAAGAUUGUGUUGAUAAUAGGAGGAGGGAUUAGCGCUGGCGACAUAGCCAAAGACAUCUUACCUUUUGCCAGGGAAGUUCAUCAAGCCUCAAGAGAGACAAAUCCCCAAGUUGCAAAAAUGAGAAAGCUCGCUGGGGUCUUCGAACAUCCCAUGAUAGCAUGUGCUGAAGACAAUGGUGAAUUAGUGUUUCAAGAUGGAUCAUCUAUAUAUGCAGAUGUUAUCAUCCAUUGCACUGGAUAUAGUUACCAUUUUCCAUUUCUGAAGACGAAGGGACUUGUGAGUGUGGAUAACAACCGAGUGGGGCCUUUAUAUAAACAUGUUUUCCCACCAAGCCUAGCUCCUUGGCUCUCUUUCAUUUGCAUACCCUAUCUGACUUUUCCGGCACAACCUAGCGAGUUACAGUCGAAGUGGGUAGCCAAGGUUUUAUCUGGAGAAUUGGUGUUGCCAAGUGAAGAAGAGAUGAUGUCUUCUGUUCUAGAACAUUACCAGCACAUCGAAGAGCUUGGAUGGCCCAAGCAUUACACUCACAGGCUUGAAAUUGGAAAGUGUGAGUAUGAGAAGUGGCUUGUGCAUCAAUUGGGAAUUCCAUCCUUGGAACAAUGGAGAGAGAAGAUGGCUGUUAUUGGACUCGAAUGGUUGAAAGUUCGGCAAUCUUCUGACGAAAAUUGGCGAGACACCUGGGAUGUUGACAAGUGGAUGCAAGAAGAAGGAUUUGGCAAGCAAAUUCCUUGAAUUGAUUCUGAAGAUCAUUCGGAAUUAUUGUAACCACUAGAAUGAGACAAGAGAGUUAAAAUAGGAUGACAAGUGGUAUAAGGACACUGUAAGUGCCAAAAUUUUCGUAUGAUGCUCACUUUGGUGUCAAAAGUUUUUUUUUGUAUCACU